AUGGGAGGAACCGCAAACCAAGUGGCUACGAUAAACGCCGUAACGUUCGAUCUGUGGCAGACACUGAUCCUGGACAAUCGGGAACUGGGCCUCCAGAGAGCGCAAGUCCGCUUGGAUGGGGCUCGUGGCCUGUUGGCGGGGCACGGUAUCAACUACGACCCCGACCACAUCCGCGAAGCCUAUCGAGGCUGCUACCGGGCAUGCCGGGCGGUUCGCAACGACAACGUAGACGUGAGUUUCCGCGAGCAGGUGGAGAUCUUCGUCAACCUGAUUGAAGACGGUCUGGUCGGUCGUCUGCCCGAGCCCACGGUCGCCGAGAUAGAGAAGGUGUACGCCGAGUCGUUCUUCGACUAUCCGCCGCGGUUUCACGAGGCUACGCGGGAGACCCUGGAAUCAGUGCGCAGUAUGGGUCUGCGGAUCGGGUUGAUAUCGAACACGGGAAUGACGCCAGGAUAUACAUUCAGACAGUUCCUGCAGCAACACGGACUGGCGGAUUUUUUCCACACGAUGACCUUUUCCGAUGAGGUGUUGUUGGCCAAGCCUUCGGACGAGAUAUUCCUGAUGACCAUGGGGGCUUUGGAGUCAAACCCAGCAAGCACGAUUCACGUGGGCGACCACGUGAGCAACGACGUGGUCGGAGCCAACCGAGUUGGGAUGAAGUCCGUUUGGAUCCGCGGUUUCUACGAGCCCGAGGACCCGGACGACCCGGACAGCCAGGCGGACGCCGAGGUUGACGACCUUUCAGGCGUGGCGGCAGCGAUACGGGACUUGAUCACCGGCUGA